CACACGGCCAUCUGGAAGUAACUAGAGCAUUGUUAACCGCCGAUCCUGAGAUUUGCUAAAUGCUCGAUGGCUCUGGCAGAACGGCUCUCCAUAUCGCAGCGAUGAAAGGACAGCUCAGCGUUGUUCAUGAAAUACUGUCCUUCAGGCCUGACUCUGCCGACUUGCAUUCCACAGCUGGUGAAACCUUUUUACAUUCUGCAGUGGAGGCGAACCAGAUCGAAGUUGUCAAGCACGUGGUUGACCUUCUUGACACGUCCAAGCUUAUCAGGACAAAAGACAACGAGGGCAAUACAGUCCUACAUGUGGCUACCAGGAAAAAACUCAAGCAGGUAAGUAAGCAGUGGCCCACAAUUAGGUAGCCCUCCCGUAUUGAGAGAUUCUUGCUUUAUCAUAUAAAUUUUAAUGGAUUGAGGUGUUUGCAGAUGG